GACUGCACACAUCAUUUAGGAUUUUGGCCAGGUGCUCGAGACGACAUGGCGAAGAACAAUAAAUCUUUGGGGAUUCCUGUUGGUUACAUGAGCCAGGCAGUGUCAGAUGGAGAGUUGAACAUGUCAGUGCGGGGCUGUGGAGGCAGCAGCUCCAGUCUUCCAGGGACUCAAGCUGGUGAGUCUGGCCAAGCAAACAGCGUGCUGAGCUGGGCUGUCUCCUUUGAAAAGCUGCUGGAGGACUCCGCCGGAGUUCGUUACUUCACGGCCUUUCUGAAGUCCGAGGUCAGUGCAGAAAACAUCUUAUUCUGGAAGGCCUGUGAGAGGUACCAGAAGAUUCCUGCUACCUGUUUGAAGCAGCUGAAGGAAGCAGCUUAUUCAAUCUACCAGACAUAUCUGGCUGACAGUGCUCCUUGCUCAGUCAACAUUGACGACACAGCUAAGAUGGAAGAGAAGGAUCUAGAGCAUCCUACACCUGAUAUGUUUAACAAAGCCCAGGCACAGAUCUUUAAGCUGAUGAAGAUGGACAGUUACAGGCGCUUUGUACGUUCCCCUCUCUACCAAAGCUGCACCUUGGCUAGUGUAGAGGGCAAGCCUCUGCCCAGUCUGUCCUGUGAACCCUGCUGUGUGGGAUCUUGGGAGGAUAUGACCAACAACAGCCCAACUUUAAGGAACAACAAGAAGAACAAAAAAACGUUUUCAAGCAGCAGUUCAGGUGCGAAGAGCAGUAGAGAGAAAGAUCGACAAAAGAGGGGAUCCUGGGGAGAUAUGUCCCAAGCUCAUGGCAUGGUUUACCGCAAAGAGUCCCAAACCUCCGUCAAAUCCACUAGCAGUGUAGAGCUGGGCUCUCUCUGCAGGCAGAUGGAUGAUGGUGCUUCCACUCCUCGCUCCCCAGAGCAAUUUGGUGGAGGUGGGGGUCGCCUGGCAGUGGAGGGGGGAUACUGCUGUGUCUAUCUACCAGACGGCAGUGCUUCCCUGGCCCCCACUCGCCAGGGCAUGACCCUUAGAGGCAUGCUGUCUGGCCUGUGUGAGAAGAGAGGUUUCCCCCUGAAUGACAUCGUCAUCUACCUCCACGGCAAUGACAAGCCCUUAUCUCUGGACCAGAACUGCUCAGUACUGAGAGACCAGCAGGUCUCCCUGGAUCUCAGGGUGAAGUUUGUGCUAGAUGUGGUUUUCACUGGUAAGACAUCGGUGAUCAUGGUGAAAUCCAGUAAGACUCUGCAGGAUGCCCUGUCUGUGGUACUCCAGAAACACCAGCUCAAACCACAGGACACAGUGGUCACCAUGAGUGGGAGUAAUGUGCCUUUAAGCAUGAGCACAAGUGCAUAUAAACUAGCCAAUAAGAUACUGCUGCUUGAUAGAAUCAAAGGAAAAGACCAGAACAACAGUUCCAAGCCACGUGGCCAGACUCCAUCUAUACAGGGCCAGGCAGCGAGUCCAGCUUGUAUGGAGGCCGGGUCAUCGCUCCAUGAAGAAGGAGCCAAGACCAAGCCCAGUAAGAACCACGACAUGGAUGGGUUGCUGGAGAUGCUGACAAGGGCUCAGGGCUGCAGGGUUGAUGACCAGCGAGGCCUCCUGACCAAAGAGCACCUGGAGCUGCCCCUAUUCCUCCAUCUUCCCUUGGACCAGACGUCUGAGCCGGAGCAGAAAAGGGACGGAGAGGAAUCCACAACCUCCGGCUGCACACACACCAAUGUUGAACCUAAGGACCAUAUUCCAUCAACCUCGUGCUCAAAUGGAGGAACUGAGAGAAGUGGUGGAUCCGCCAGCUGUGAAAGUCGGGACGACAACUAA